AUGGAAUCCUUCGACGUUACCGCCCUUUAUACAAACGUGUCGAAUGACUCCGCAAUGCAAGCCAUAUGUGAACUCCUUAUGCAAUACGAAGGAGAAAUAAACAUGUAUGGCUUCAAGAUAGAGCAUGCUGCUACAGUAUCUCGCAAAUAUCGGAUGCUUGUCGUCUCUUUUCCUAUGGAAUGUAUCGAGCGGUUGUCGAUACGUAUCGCCUACGUUCGGCCAUAUCACCGCGUGCUGGAGUUUUCCAAUGGUUCUUUUUCCAUCGAGAAGGACAAAUUAGUGACGCAUAUGGUGAGCGAUGACUCAUCUCCACCCACUACUAUAGUUCGUAGUUCGCUCAAUGCGCAGUUGGGUGGCUCCGAAAGCGUCUCUACGUCAAACGAAUCAGCAGUGCAUUUUAAUGCAGCAUAUAUGGCUCGUGUUUAUGGUCAGCUUGGUUUAAACUAUGAUAUUGAUACUGGCAGGCCGUUUAUCUAUUGUGAAAAAUUUGAUCCAAAAUCAUGUGCACCAAGUGAUCUGCAAUGUCCCACAGUGGAGCAGUGCUAUGCAGAGCCAGAAAAUCGGGCUCAACGACUUGGCUGUAUGACUGUGUUUAAGUAUAUUACAGAGGUGAUUUGUGUAUUUCUGUUAUUUCUUCUGUUUUGA